CUGCACAAGUAGCCCUCAGAGGGCCGAGGGGCCAGUUGCGCACGGCAUGGCCCAGGCACUAACGCACCGGGCAGCACCGCAGAUGCCCCUCGCUCUGGGAGGCCACGGUCUUCCCGCCAGACCGACCUGAGCCUCCAGCCAGAGCAAUUGGGCCCCGAGGCCACCCCAGGCCGCAGCUGGCGGCCGCUGGCACCCGCGUUGGGUAACUAGGCCAGGGCUGGUUCCCGCGGCUCGCCGCCGCCGAAGAGUUGGGCUCCGCCGAGGCCACCCCGCGCGGCAGCUCCACAAGCCCCGGGCGGCGCUGGAGGGCGGACUCCUGAGCAAGAUGCAGUGGGUGUGGGCGCUGGUGCUACUGGCGGCGCUGGGCAGCGCCCGGGCGGAGCGCGACUGCCGGGUGAGCAGCUUCCGAGUCAAAGAGAACUUCGACAAGGAUCGCUUCUCCGGCACCUGGUAUGCCAUGGCCAAGAAGGACCCCAAGGGCCUCUUUCUGCAGGACAACAUCGUCGCCCAGUUCAUGAACGAGAAUGGCCACAUGACAGCCACGGCCAAGGGCCGAGUCCGUCUCUUUAAUAGCUGGGACCUGUGCGCAGACAUGCUGGGCACCUUCACAGACACCGAGGACCCUGCCAAGUUCAAGAUGAAGUACUGGGGCGUAGCGUCCUUUCUCCAGAAAGGAAGUAAGUAGUCGGCUUAGUGGGACUGUCUUGGAGGAUGGGAGCCAUACCUAGCCAAAAGGCUGGGUUUCUCCUCCAGUGGCACCCUUGGGAAGAACGGUCUGUAAGCAACCAGAACUCUCAGCAGGGCUUAAAGCUAGAGGGGUGAAACUGCAAGUAGCCCGGCCCCUUCACUGCGCCCACCCCAUCCCCCAGCUCAAAAACCUGGCCCAAGCUCAAAAGGCUCUUGGGCUUGUCACGUGACCUCCUCCUGCCAUUUACCCAUACUGCCAGUGUGCCAGGGGGUGUGGCCUUCUCCAUGCUUAGACCACCCACCUCCUCAAGACCCAACUCACAUCACCACCCAACCUGGUUUUGCAUUUCCUCCGUUUCUUUAGGCUGGAUCCCUGAGACAGCUUGACUACUAGGGGCCCAGCAGAGGCUCAGAGACUCUCAUCCAAGGACGCAGGGGGCAUUUAUGCACAGGGUUGACUCAUUCCAAGGUGCCCUACCUGCCGCUGCUGAGAUUCUGAGCCAGGCACAGUGCUCUGGAUGACAGUGACCUCUUCCCUUUCUCCCAAGCCCUGAAACUCACAUGGGGAGCAGGGUGUUAAGGACUCUCAGAAGAGCGUCCUAAAAUUCAGCCUGAUGUAGAUGUUCGAGAGCAUACAUGUAUAUGCUCUUUCUACUUUUUCCUCAUUUCUCCUAAGUUUCAAAUCUGCAGUCUACUUGGUACCUAGAGAGUAAUGCAGGCCACGGGGGACAUAUCAUGGAACCACAGAGAUGGAGAGUUAACCCUGUGAAGGGGGUUCAACAUGCAGAUAAAUAAACUGAGGUCAAGAGAAGGUAGGGCUUUGUCCAAGGUCAUGCAACAAGUUUGUGAGAGCCAGUGUCAGAAGCCAGGGGUUCCAGCUCCCAGGUCAGGUUUAGGUGGCCCUGAACAGCAGGGACUCCUAAUACAAACCAGCUUUUACAGUUUUACAGAAUACUGUUGGAACUCUCCUGGGAGAUAGGCCCCAGAGGGCUGUUCAGGGGGACUCUUAGCUUGGUGAGCCAGGGCAGAAGUGUCCUUUCAUGCAGCCCAUCUACACGGGGCACACACUCCUUGACUUCCUCUACAGUUGUGUUAGAUGAGUUUUUACUUUUUUUUUUUAUCGAAUUGCAUCUUCAGUAUUGAUUUACACUGUACAUACGGAGUUGCUACUCAACGAGGGGAAAAAAGCUUUUAUCCUUAGAGGUAAUAAAGAUUUUUUCAUAUAACGCAGCAAAACUUCCAAAAGUGAUCCAUUUAGAGUAAAAGAUAAACUUUUCUGAUAAUGGAUUACAAAAAUCAGUACCACGGGGCACAAGGUUACUAAUUUUUAGAAUCUGCAUCUUAUCAAACAGAUGAGCAUGGCCACCGCCGAGCAGUCGUAUGGCUUCCCCUGACCCCCACAUCCCGGUGUCUGACACAUUCCCCAUGGGAAAGCCUGGGAGGUUCAGGGGUGGCUCAGCCUUCCUCCUGGCGGGCCUGCAGUGGGCUGAAGAGGGGCCUCACCACCCACCGCUGUGCAGCUCUCCUACAGGGCAUGGGUUUGGGCUGAGCCCCUUCUAGGCAGGGACUCCCAGGGUUCUCAGAGCCAAGAGGCACACCCAGAGGUGACUUAGGCAAGGAUUAGCGAUCUCCCUUGCACCCUUAAUGCUGGGGGAUCCAGGUUCCCCUGCGCUACUGCAGCACAGGACAUGACAUAGAGCAGAGAUCAUCACUUGCCUCAUGACCUGGGUGUGAAAUGGAGACACGGAGGCUUUGCGUUUCUCGUUUCUUAUCCCCUGUUGCCCCCAGUUUAUUUAUCACCUGGAGACAGCGUGGUGUAGAGGUUAGGUAUGGGGGCUCCAGAGUCAGACUGAAACUCAGUUCUGUCCUGCUCUUUGUGAUCCUGGGUGAAUUACAUAAUUUCUCUGUGCCUCAGUUUCCUUAUCUGGAAAAUGGGGAUGAUAGUGUGCACUUUCAGGUCGUUGUGAAAAAUAAUUGAGAAAGCACAGAAAGUGUCCGUACAGUGACUGACACAUAACUAAG